CAGGAAGCCGGGGAAGGUUGCAGGCAUUGCGCGGCAGUUUCGUUGGAGUUUUCCACGCAUUAUAUUCAUUGGCUAUCUUCAGAAGCUCUUUGAAUUUAGAAACUCAAGAAGGCGGCCAAGCAACACAAGCCAUUGUUCGCCGGUACAUACAAUUCACAGCCCUUAUCUCGCAUUUAGCGUUUUAUGAGUUGCAUUGAAUUCUCAUUGUGGAAGACGACGUAACCACAUUGGCAAUGCCGAGCAGUGCAAGUACGCCCGAACCUUCUCCAUGCGUUUUUCUCAGAACCAGACGACGUACAGCAAUCAAACUGAAAACAAGGUCGGCGAAAACAAACUCUUAUCGACGCUAUCACGUUUUCCACAAUCAUUUCGCACGGCGCAGACUGAAUUGCUAUUGGAGUAUUUACACCUCUUUGAGCCAAAGGGGGAAUCCUGUGCUGUCUCUGAAACAAGCGAAACGCAAAGUAAAAACGGGAUAUAGAGAGCAGUGCCUGUGAAAGAGUUAUCAGAACAUGCAUUACUUUUCAUAUUUAUCAGCAGAAGUCUAGGAAAAGCGACGACAAUUAUGAAAAAAAUCACCUAAAAACGCUGAUUGUGUUACCAGUCGGGAACCCCCCACAAGAGCAAUUAAAUUUUGUUGUUUUCGAGGACGCAGAUUUGGACCAAUAUUCGCGCGUCAAGAGUUCUCGCUACUGGGAUGGAGUCUUGUAAAGUGCUAUAUCAGAUCUUAAAGAUCCCAAACAUGCAACCUCUUGGUACACCGGCAAACAGCGCUUGACAGAUUUUCAAUCAAAAUAUGCCAACAGCAAGGCAGAUAUAUUUUUCCUCAUGGACAAUUCAGGCAGUUUGAGGUGGAAUGGCCAAAGGGGCUUCGCUGACGAGAAAACAUUUAUUACCUCACUUCUGUCUAAGGUCAAAAUUGCAAAACCGGCGACUCGUGUUGCCGUCAUUCGUUUUGGAACACACGCGACCAUAGACAUCAACUAUAUAUCAGAUUUAAACGGUCUCAACAACAAAUGCGAGUUCGAUAAAGCGUUUGCAAACAUCCACUACACUGGUGUCAUGACGAACAUGAAUGGAGCUUUCUCUAAAGUAGAAGAAAUUCUUUUUGGGGCGCAAAGCACGAACGUGCGUCCUUGGAAGGUGAUAAACCCUCAAGGAACGUAUGUGAAUAAAGUGAUGUUUUUACUCACGGAUGGAGAAUACAACAAUGGCGGGGAUCCUACCAGCAAGAUUAUUAACUUAAAGAACAACCACGUUGAACUUUUUGCAGUCGGAGUAAGCGGCGUUAAUCAAGCAUUUAUGAAAAAUGCCGCCACGACACAAAAACACUAUUUUUACGCCAGUGAUUUUACUUCAUUCAGGGAAUUAGCUACCCAUAUCCGUGGAGAUCCGUACCAAAAAGAUUAUGAUGCUGAAAAAGUACCCAAGAGCAAGUGUUCCGUCACGUGUGAUACAAAUGCAGAAUGCGGCUGUGGUCUGCUUAGCGGAAGAUAUGUUUGCAUCUGCCACGCGGGUUAUUUCGGUACCGGGGAGCAAGGAAAGUGUACUGCAUGUACACCUGGUACGUACAAAAGAUAUCCAGGUCUUGCUCAAAAAUCCUGCACAUCCUGUCCCGAUAACUCUGGUCACAACAAACAUGGAAGUAUUUCGAUCAAUGAUUGCGUAUGUAAUAAAGGAUAUGAAGGAAACCCAGCAAGUGGAGCGGCGUGCACAAUCAAAAAAUGUUUGGUUUUGCCGGUACCGGAAAAUGGGUACACCAACCCGACAGCUUGCGGAAGAGAUUAUGGUAGUACGUGCUCUUUCAAUUGUAAUCAUGGCUUCGAACUAAUGGGAGAAGUGACACGCACGUGUUCGGUUCGAGACAACAACGUUGGUAGAGCAUUCUGGUUGCCUAGUGAAGCAUCACCAAGUUGUCAAAGUAAGAAAUAA